AUGGAGGCACAAAAUCUACAGGCCGCGUCGACUUAUGUUAAUAAUCUCCUGCUGGCUCGGGGUCUGUUGAAGAGUGGCCAGGCGAUUGAUUUCGCUACUCCCGACAGCCAUGAGGGAGGCACUGAUGCCAUGAUGGCGCGGGUUAUCAACCUGGUCAAUGAUCUGGUUUUGAGGAGAGACCGAGAGGCCGAACAUCGUGAAAGCUUAGCGACAACGAUUCGAGUGUUGCGCGCCAGCGAGUCAGAGCAGACACUGGAAAUUGGGAAAUUAAAAACAAAGGCAUCAGAGCUAACUCGAUCGCUCGCUUUGGCUGAAGCCUCGGAGCGUGCGCUCAAGUCGAAUGUGUCGAGCGCCGAAGCCACGAUUCGUGGACUCAAGGAACAAGUGCAACGCAUGAAGACCACAGUCCAGCAAGUGCGGGCGCAAUGCGCCAACGAUAUUCGCAAACGCGAUCUGGAAAUGCAGAAACUAAAGUCACACCUGGCCGAGCGGCAACGAGGGAAACGUGAGGGAUUGAGUGUUACUACAAUCAACAUCAACCCUGCUGCAAAGGGGUCGCAGUUGCGGGCAAGUGGUGGAGAACGCGUCAACGAUUCGGGAUACAGCUUACAACAGGAGACGACCGAAUUCUUGACGGAGCUAUGCCAGAACCUCAGCGACGAGAACGACACCCUGAUUGAGCUUGCGCGAAACACCUUGGCGACACUGAAGGAACUACAAGGCUUGCCGGAAAUAGAGGACCGGGAUGGUGAUGAUGACAUCGCUGGAAUGACUGCCAGUGUUGGACCACAGAAGAUGGCUUCUGCCGUCACUUCACUCCCUACAUCGUGCGAGGAGCUGUCUAUACGUAUGGACGCCGUUCUGGACCACCUGCGAACAUUAUUGACCAACCCUUCAUUCGUUCCGCUGGAAGAGGUUGAGAUCCGAGACGAGGAGAUUGGACGACUGCGUGAAGGCUGGGAGAAGAUGGAGAACCGCUGGAAGCAAGCAGUCACCAUGAUGGAUGGGUGGCAGCGACGGGUGGCAGACGGCGGCGACUCGGUGCGAGUGGAAGAGCUCAAGCGUGGCAUGACUCUGGAUCUGAGCUUCACGACUACCGAGGAUACUAGCAUGCAAAGCCGGUUAGAGACCAGCAACAUCUCACCAAUUCUAGAGGACCAGCAAGAGGAAGACGCGCAAGGAGAGAUGAUUGAGACCGAAGAUCAGGAUCAAGAGCCUGAGACAUCGAACCCACCGGCGACUCGGUCCAAGAUCCGCAAAGUGCCCGAGCGGUCCGAUCGAGCCUUGCGAGAGCGCAGCGACAAUGCUGCGGCCAGGCCCAAGCGGCUCCGAAAGGUCUCAUUCACACCUGGCCUACAAGGGUCUCCCUGUGACCCCAGCACGCAAGACGAGGAGACGUUGCAAAUCAAAGCGCAUAAAUCAGAGGCUGUGACUCGACGGCCUUCUCGACGAAAGACCGAAACCAGCUCAACUCGUCAGGCCAACGCCAAAGAAUCCCAACUCAGCGUCUCACAAAAACUAGCCGCCCUCGAAGACGAAGCCCGGCUCGCGGAGCAGACACGCAAAGAGCGCGAAUCACGAAAACGAAGCCGACCAGAAAAGACCUACAGCCGGGCUGGUAAUCGGCGGCGGAGUACUCUGACGAGCGACGAGUUGGAAGAUCUCAUGGGCGUGCCAUCGCGCUAG